AUGGGACUUAUUCUGGCGUAUUUCCGACGUCCUAAGCUUGAUGUCGAGAGAAUUCGGGCGGUCUGGAUGGACCAUAUCAAUGGGAACGAUGACUAUUUUCAGGAGGUGAUCCACCGUAUCUGCAAACGGAACGAUGGGAUCCGUUGUGCCAUGUUGACUCAAAACGCUCAGCAUGCCGAGUCGGCCGCCGAGGAGGACUUCGUACUCUCCAAUAUUGCUGACCGGAUUUCUCAAUUCUUUCAUCAGCUUAUUGAGGACGACGUUCUUCUGAAUACCGUUGAGCUCAAGAAGUGUUGCUAUGACUUGGGACGUCAACAUUCAGCGUACUCGAAGAAACAGUUCAAGAUUUCAUUCUGGGAAGAGUUCACACUGACAAUGAUGGAUGUCCUGGAACAAAACUACCCACAAACUACAAAAGAAGAACAGAAGGCGUGGCUUCAUUUUCAGCGAUUUGUGAAUGAGAACAUGUUGGAUGGAUAUUUGGAUGCGCUCUCUUAUAAUAAUAAGAAAUAA